UGCCGCGCGUGCACGUACAAUCGGGAUCCGAGUGCGCGCAGCGGAGGACAGCCGAACGGUGAAGCAGGCACAAGCCGCCGAGCGCGCAGGGAGAGCCGCAAACAGAGACUGCGAGGAGCGCAGAGGGAGCGUCAGAACUUCAGUGCACACGAGGCCAGAAAGCUAAAAUGGGAGGCAAGCUUAGCAAAAAGAAGAAGGGAUACAAUGUAAAUGACGAUAAGUCAAAAGACAAGGAUGCCAAGGCAGAGGGCGCUUCUGCUGAGGAGAGUGAAGCACCGAAAGACAAAAAAGAUGAGGCCCCUGAAGCCAGUGAUGCUAAAGAGGUAGCAAACGACACGGCUGCCAAAGAGACACCGGCUGCGGAUGGUGAAGCGCCAAAAGAGGAAGAAAAGAAUGCUGCUCCCGCCACCAAGGAGUCAGAAAAGCCUGCCUCCAAUGCUGAGCCGAAAACAGAGGCACCGAAAAGCGCGGAGGCUCCAAAGGCUGAAGAGAAACCAGCUGCCCCUGCUCCGGCCAAAGAAUCAGCUCCUGCCGCCACGGAGCCAGAGGCGAAGGCCGCGGCACCUGGCCCUGCAGCGGAGAGCAAAGGGGAGGCCGACGCCAAAAAGACUGAGGCCCCCGCUGCACCGGCAGCCAAAGCUGAGGCGGCAGCAACUGCCUCUCCUGACCCUAAGCCCACAGAGGCGGCGGCUCCUGCAGCACCUAAAGAGGCCGCUGCUGCACCUAGUUCAACACCAGCCGCCGAACCUCCCGCCAAGGAGGCCAAUGCCACAGAGGCACCAAGCAAGGAUCAAACCGUAGCAGUUCAGGAUUAAUGGACAGCUUCUUUUCCAAAAUGAAGAAA